GAGGGGGUCCAGGCAGAGAUGCGACGGCGGAAGAGAGCGCGCGGUGUCUGCGGCGUCCGAGAGCAUCCCGGAGAGAGCGCGAGCAGGAUGUCUGUGCUGCUGUUGUUGUUGGUGUUGACACUGAUGUCACAGUCCACAUCCUCUAACAUCACUGUCACCUGCCCCACACGCUGCACAUGCCACCUGGAGUUCAAAUUCACCUCCUGUGCCAAUGCUAAUCUCACCGAUCUGCCCUCCAUCAUCCCUCCUUACAUGGAACACCUCGAUCUGUCGUUCAAUCACUUGGUCUUCAUCAGGAACCAGGCUUUUCAGGAUGUCCGCCGUCUCCACACGCUGCUCCUGAAUGACAACAGGAUCAGCAACUUGAGUGAUGGCGCCUUCAAGCCUCUCGAGUUCCUCCUGAGACUGGACCUGAGCCGCAAUCGUAUUUCCGUCCUCUCAGUAGGGUUCUCCUUGGGUUUGAUUUCUCUGCGAGAGCUCUCUUUGGGGGAGAACCAGCUCUCGAACCUAAAUGAACACGAUUUCUCACACCUCGAUGCCAUCUGGAAGCUUGACCUGUGCCACAACUCCAUCAGCCACAUCCACGUGAAGGCGUUUAGCUCUCUUCGCACUUUACGCCGUAUGUACUUGGAUCACAAUAAGAUCAGCACUCUUAAAAAAAGGGUUUUCUCCAUGACGAGGAACCUGGAGGAGCUUGGGCUGAGCAAUAACAAGCUUCACCACCUCGAAGUCGGCAUCUUUUCUCCUCUAAUGAAUCUCGCCUUGCUUAAUUUAACCUAUAAUAAUCUAACACAGGUGGAAUUUAAGGCGUUCCUCAGCCUGGACACGCGCAGCACACAUAUUCACCUCUACAGGAACCCUUGGACCUGCGAUUGCGAUUUGCAGCGGGUUUUUCGGAAAGUUCACAGUGUCCACAGACUGCAGCUGGACGACUACAGCAACCUGAGCUGCUAUCUGCCCGAGGAGCUGCGUGGUUACCUGCUGCAGGAUGUCGACAACGAGCUGUGCUUCGCUGAAACGGUCACCGUACUCAUCAUCACCAUCACCGUGAUGAUCACUGUCAUAGCGGCCAUCAUCAUGGCUGAGAAAAAGAAGAAGAAAACAAAUAAAGGGAAGCACUGGACGGAGGCCAGCGAGAUCUCGUGUGAAUCACAGAACUGAGAAGGAACACGCAGGACUGGGAGUUUUCACAUUUUACAUCAACAAAUACUGCAAACUCUGGCUAUAAAUAUUAACAUGAAAAAAUGUACGUCAGUGCAGGACAGAUCUGCAAAAACCUCUUUCUGCUGCAUUAACAUUUGAAAUGUUUACUUUAAUUUCUUAAAUAUACUUUUAUUAAUUCCCAAAGGUGAAACCAAGUUCGCAUUUCCCAAACAGCUUCCCUGGCACAUUUGAGUCAUUUGGGCAGUUUGAAUCUUUUCUUGCUAACUAGCUUGCUUUCUUGCUUCAAGUGUAAAUUGAAUAAAGUGAGAUCAGCUGCCAUGGACAGAUGGAGGAGUUGGAGCAAUAAAACCUUAGCAAAAACAUUUAGCAAAUAAAAUGUUUUUUGUUUUGUUUUAUAUGUUAGGCUUCAAAUGGAAACUGCAUCAGCCCACAGUGGCUUUUUGGGAAGUUUCUGGUCCUGAAGUCUGCAGUGCAGUCGACGCUGAUUCUCAGAGUGGUGAUGGGAUUUAACCGAGCUGAGAGGAGUUAGGGGAGAAAUUUGUUGCGUUAAUAUGAACUGGUUAAACACCAAACCUCAAAGCAACGCUGGCAAAAAUAUAAUUCUAUAAUUUUUUUUUUUUUGCAUAUUUCAGUUCUUGGACAGCAAUAAAACCCUAGAAAUGUUCAGUUCCCAUUCAGGAUCAGUUGGGAAUGCUGUAGUCCCUCAUAUCUAACUGACUCAGGCCUACCUUACAUUCUGCAUGAAAUAUUUCUUAAAAAAA